CCCCCCCCUCUCAGACAUUCGCUCGUGACACAUUCCCAGCCCACGGGCCGCAUUUUCUCCUAUCAGCCACUCGGUGACCGUGGAAGUUUGGAUAGAGUUGGGCGGGGCUUGUGAGUGAGGGGCAGCUGCCGCUCUGUUGGGAGUACAGCAGAAGUAAGGCGGGCAGUGAAGCCGCAGAGAGGAGGCGCUGUGAUUGAGCUGAUUGUGUGUGUGGGGUGCGAAGGUUGUUAGGAGGCUGCAUGGCGCUUGCGGGGAUUGGCUCCCUGUCAGUGUGAGGACAAGAAGUCCGGUGUAAGAGGAGCAUCAUGGGUUCCGGCGGGUGGUGGAGGUUGUGCGACUACUUGCAAGACCCGUGGAAGGUGGCUCGUUUCCAGCGGCUGUGCGGAGUGGAGGCGGCGUACUUUCCCAGCAGCAGCAGCAGCGAGGCUCAGCCAAACGGGGCCGUCUCCUCAGAAGCUCAGCAGCAGGACGCCGGGCCCAGGCACCGAAACAAGGACUGCCAAGCAAAUGGCACCGCGCACCCUCCCGACUGCAAGAAGAAGCCCCAGCGCCGCAAUUCACUCACCGGCGAAGUGGGCCAGGAAUUCAUUAUCCGGAACCGCUUCUUGUAUUUCCUUUUCUGCCUGGCCACCGAGCUGGGCAAUGAGCUCUUCUACAUCUCCUUCUUCCCCCUGUGCAUAUGGAACGUAGACCCGGUGGUGGGCCGCAAAGUGAUCGUCAUCUGGGUGUGGGUCAUGUACCUGGGCCAGUGCACCAAAGACCUCAUCCGCUGGCCGCGACCCCCUUCCCCGCCGGUCGUCAAACUCGAGGUGUUUUAUAACACAGAGUACGGGAUGCCCUCUACCCACGCAAUGUCUGGCACUGCCAUCCCCAUCUCCAUCCUCCUGCUCACAUACGGCAGAUGGCAGUAUCCAUUUACAUAUGGGCUGCUACUUGCCAUAAUUUGGUGUUCCUUGGUGUGCCUUAGUCGUGUUUAUAUGGGAAUGCAUUCUGUACUGGAUGUCAUUGCUGGCUUUUUGUACGCAAUUCUUAUUUUAAUUGUCUUCCAUCCAGCCCUGGAGAUAAUUGAUCAUUUCAAUUUAACUUACAAAUAUGCCCCUUUAAUUAUAAUUAGCCUUCACCUAGCAUUGGGAAUCUUUUCUUUCACUCUGGACACCUGGAGUACUUCCCGAGGAGACACCGCUCAAAUUCUGGGUAGCGGCGCUGGAAUUGCAUGUGGAUCAAAUUUUAAUUACAUGCUGGGCCUAAUGGUAGAUCCAACCCCUGAACAACUGCCUUUCAUUCCUCCAUCUAUCACUGUGACAUUGAUAGGAAAAGCCAUGCUCAAAUUUGUGAUUGGAGUGGUGGUUCUCUUAAUGCUUAGGGCAGCUAUGAAGAAAAUUUCCAUUCCUCUAGCUUGCAAGGUGUUUGGCAUUCCAUGUGAUGAUAUUCGGAAGGCAAGGCAAAGAAUGGAGGUUGAGCUGCCCUAUCGCUAUAUAACAUAUGGAUUUGUUGGCUUUGGGGCCAUGGUUAUUGUCCCUUAUCUGUUAACCUUGAUUGGUCUCCAUUGACUUGGAUGAAUGUCUUCUUCAGGCAGAAGACUUUUACAAAAGAUGGAAAUGCUUGUAGCAAGCAAUUCUGUUUCUUCCUUUAUACAGACUUAAUUCUAUUUCCUAGGAAAACUAUUUUAUGCAAAGGCUUGCUCAAACCUUCCAGUUGUCAAAUGCUUCACAGAGCAGGUAUAUUCCAGACCAAAUUUUCAGUUUAAUUACUUUCAUGCGGUUCAUUACAUGCCUUGUGUAAAAAGCUACAUAUUGCUAAAAAAAAAUAAUAUGGAUGUUUUUAGAUACAAGUACUAUAUCUAUACAUAUAUUAAAUUGCUUAAUAACUGUGCCUUUUUAUAAACAAAAAAAAAAAUGAAUGCCAUGCAGACUGUGAUGAAAAGAAAUAUUCCAGAGAAUAAUUUUAAAAAUGGGUAUUGUGUGUGUGUGUGUGUGUGUGUAUAUCCGAGGAGCUGUGAUUUUGUAAUGUAACUUCUGUGCAAUGAGUUAUUAUGUAGGAAAUGUGCCUAUCAGUGUCUACCCACAUGCUGCACUUUUCAAAUGAUUUCCAUUUAACUUCCAUAUUUCUCCAGGUACGAAGGAGUCUGCUUGCUCUUUAUUUUAAGCCUUCUGUUCUAUAACAAAAAGUAAAUGUAAAGAGAAGCUAAAGGUGUAAAGUGCACACACCAAUGUGUGUCUAUAGUCUUGAAGCGUUUUGGUUAAACGUCUUUAUAAAGAAAAAGAAAAGUUAAAAGCAACAUGAAAAACUUGAGCUGUAACUACCUGACCCCUGGAAUUGUGAGGUCCUGUAUACUAGCUGCUUAAAAUAAUAUUCAACAGCUAUGAAUUGUGGACCUCAAGUUGUGCAUUUUUUACAAGGUAAUGGUCAAAAUGCUCCUAUUUCUUUUGCUUCUCAAUUAUAUUGCUCAGUGGCAGGAGUAAUAGAACUUUAGUAGAGAAGCAUGGGAAGAUGCCUCCUACAUCAGCAAUAUAAGGUUUGCCCUUCUGUCCAGCCAAAUGCCAGGACAGAACAGCAGGGGGCAAUUGUUAUACAUUCAUGAUAUUCGCUAAUGAUCAUGAAAACAAAAAGAAAAACAAAUUGUAAAGCUGCUCAGUGUUCUUUUUUUUUUUUUUUUGAGCACUUUUUGCAAUUUAACUUUUUGUGUGGUAAUGACCCCUUUAAGGAAUCUAGUUGUAGAAUCUAGUUGUAAAGGCACACAAGGAUACUGUGAAAGGGUCCAAAUUCUCAAUGCAAAAGGCAGUCUCCUGCUAAGGAGGACCAUUUCAUAGUCCCUUUAUUUUAAGGUACUCUAGAACUAAAAACUAUGCAUGGUCGCAAUAUAGUAGGUUGUGACUGAAUGUUUUAGGGCUGAUCCUCAACAGCUGUAAUGUCAGAUAAAGCUGGAUGGAGUAUUUUGUUUAUACGUUUACAUCCGACAGUCACUGUAUUUCAGUGAGGAAAAGUAAAGUUUUUAUGUUUGAUGAAGACGCCGUAUGCCUGGUUCCUAUUUGACAGGCGUGUCAGAUAUCAGUCCCAUUAUGUUUUAACCCAUCUGACUUGUAGUAUUUGUUUUAGUGAUCGAAUACCAUCCUACCAAAUCCAAUGUGGAGUUUAGCCCUUAAUCAUUACUUGCUUGCUCUCACUGUCACUUGGAAGCACGUUGCCCCAUAACACAUGCACGUGCCCCAUAAUACAUAAAACAUGCACUUACGCAGUAUAAACACACACAAUAUGCUUUGUUUUUGUUUGUUUCUUCUGGUUCUUGAUACAAAUGGACCAGUCAUGGGGAACAUCUGCUUUAAUAAACAUGUUCCAGCGUAUGGUUAGACACUGAUGUAGCAUUUUCUCAAUUGUUUGUGACAUGUAUGGUACGUUAGCAUUUCUGAAUUUAAACCUUUUGCUCCUAGUGUGAAGACAAAAUGUUAAAGAACCACUAUGGGCAGUGGCACAUUGGGAGAUUAAAGGCAAAAUGUGCCCCUUCUUUGUCGGCAAUGGCAGUCACCCAAACUCACUAGUGCAAGCUGUUGCCAGGUGACUGUGGCUUGACAAAUUGGAAGGUGGCUAUCAGACCAUUUCACACAACCGCUUGAUCUACUAAUAGUAGCAGGAACUAAAUAAUGCAAAAUCGACUCUGUUGCCAUUGCCCUAAUAGCUCGUAAUUUGUAACUACAUUUAUACUGUUUGACACACCUUUUCUUUACCCCCAUUUUUUGUUUUGUUCUUAUCUGCCUUUCAGUUGCUUAGAUUUUUUUUACAAAGAAUAAGCAAUAUUUCUUUGUGUUCAAUAAGCGGCUUUGGAGAAACAUGACUAUAAGACAGUAAUUUAUGGUACGGUUAUUUUGAAAAACUUUAACCGCUGUGGUUUACCCUGCAAGCAUUUUGGUAAGCUAAAUGUAAUGUGCUGUCAGCCUGAAUAUGUUGCCUUAGUCAGUGUCUGUAUGCACGUAGCCUUUACCAAAAUACUGUUCUGCAAAUUCUUGGCUUUGCCAACUCACUUUUCUAGCCUUAUGUUAUUGGGAUUUAAUUGCUGUCUUUCAUUUCAAUAUAUUUUGUCUAGACCGCUUUUAACAAAGUGCAUCUUGAAAGAGAUUUCUAUAUUCUGUGUGUUUGGGAGUGUUCAAUAUAAUUGAAAUAUGUUGGGUUUUACUGUAUAAAACACUGAAGUAUUUUUAUUAUGUAAAGUUUCCUCAUCCAUUUGAUUUGGGGGGGAAAAUGCACUCUGGGUAACAAAGGUCCUGCUUUUAAUAAUCACAGUUGAGAAUCUGUUCAUUUUGCAUAACGAUAUAUUGCAAUUAAGUCCAUGGAUUUGCUAUUGUAGGUUUUGUAGAACACCAGUAUUAAUGCACUGUAUGAAUAAAUUAUAUAACCAUUUAUUUGAAUAUAGCUAUGAUAUUUAAGCACAAACCAGUUAAAGCUCCAUUUGUUUCAUCAAAGGAUAACCCCACUUAUGCCCAGGGCGGUCUGAAGGGAUAUGAGUUUUUUUUCAGCUUCAGUGGUCAUUGGGGAGCAUUGUCAUUGGAAAGGGAUGUCCAGUGUUUUGAAUACAUGCGCUGCAUGGCUGCGAUGAAAACACUAAAUGUGGCAUAUUUUUAAAGAUCUAUAGGUGGCCAUACAUGGGCAUCUUAUCUGUGUAUGGACCUACCUGAACGAUAUCUGGGCAAAAAUGACCCAGUGUUGAUCAGGCAGGUUUGGAUUUUCCUGUUGGAUUGAGCACUUUGAUGCGUUCCUUAAUCCGAUGGCUUGCAUAUCGUCAGAUCAACCCAGUACUGUCCACCUCACAGUGGCUUUCGUUUUCCAGGAGAAUUAGGUUUGUCAUUGAGCUGAGGGAGAUUUUAUCCUUAGACUGUAAUACAAACAGAAACCUUACUCAAGCAUACUAUAUAAUGGGGCCGUCCCCAGUACAGCGUAAUUGACUGUACCAACUAAAGUGCAUAAAACUUCUAGUGCAGAAUAGGAGGCUUAAAUCACGGCAGGGUGGUUUUGAAUGUGGUUUUUGCUAUACUGGAUAGCUGUGAACAAUGUUUUUAUAAUGCAUAGCAUAUCCAAGUUGCACUGUAACAUAUUUAUAUUUCUUGGAAGCUGUAUUGUGUGUGUGUGUAUAUACACGAGUGCGUAGUUUGCUUUCACAGUCUGCAUUUCCUAGUUCCUUAUUCUGUGAUACGUGCUUCUUUGCUAUUGUCCAUCGUUUGCUUUCCAUUCAGUCCAACAGGAAGAAACAUGGCUCCCUUGUUUGAAGACGUUGGUUAGUAGGAGGUAAUGGUAGCAGGUUGUUAGUUUUCCAGUGGAUAUUUACCCAUAACUGUUUAAAUUUAUAUCUACGUGAGCUCAAUUAAAGGUGUGGACUAAAGCCCACAAA